AUGCCGCUCCUUGAGAUCAUACAGCUUGAUGCGAAUUCGAUUCUCCGUGAGGAUGCAUCGCUUUCAAGUCCCAAUGAGAAGAUCCAGAAGCUGGUCCGAGCCAUUGAACAGGUGAACCCUUCCGUCGAUUUCGUUCUUGGCACCCACCAUCAAGACAAGAACGCUAUUCAAAUCACAUUCGAGCACCGCGACAAUUCAAAGUUUACCACCAGUGAGCGUGUUCUGGGACCUGUUUCUGUUUCGGAAACUAUUGCUGGUUUUUACGAUGCACCCUUCAGAAUUUUCCGUGUCAACCUUGAUCAUUCUGUGUUCGGACCAACUGGAUUUGCUACGGCGAACGCAGUGGAGUUCGUCCUAUCUUAUUUUCCAACUUCGAGCUUCAAUGCAGAACUUCAAAAGAAGAUUGAAGACGACUUUAUAAGGUUUGAUGAGAUAUACAGUCCGGCUACGACGGGAGACCAGGGCUUGGUAUAUGGUUGGCUGGAAGAGGAGCAGCCCCAUGAGGAUGUCGAUGGAGGAUCCGCAACGUGUUUUUUUGUCAUGAGAGGAUGGAAUAGCAUGGACAGUUUUGAGGCCUCGAUCAAAACUGAAGCCUUUAAAGAAGCCAUACCUUUACUAUUUGGCUGGAACGCUCCGUUCAAGAUGUGGCAUGUUGAGCGUCAAUCUUGA